AUGAGUGACGAAGUCCCCGAAGAAAUGAGAAUCGACCCCACCAGAGCUCAAGCUCUCAUCUCCCAACUCAGUGCCGUCAAGGAGCGCGUCGCAGCAGCCGCCAACGGCCGAAAUUCAGACAAAUUAAAUAUAUGGCAAACUAAAAGCAUCAAGGUCCGCCUCGUCGCCGUCUCAAAGCUAAAGCCGGCCGUCGACGUCCUCGCCCUUCACCAAGCUCCCGCCUCCCACACCCAUUUCGGCGAAAACUACGCCCAGGAACUCGCCCAAAAGGCAGAGCUUCUCCCUCGCUCCAUCCACUGGCACUUCAUCGGCGGCCUGCAGUCCGGCCACUGCAAGAACCUCGCCAAGAUCCCCAACCUCUUCUGCGUCUCCAGCGUCGACUCCCUCAAGAAGGCCCAGCUGCUCAACAACGCCCGGGUCGCUAAUCCUGCUCUCGAGAAGCUCAAUGUCCAUGUACAGGUCAACACCUCGGGCGAGGAGGCCAAGUCUGGCUGUGCUCCGGGGGAGGAGACCGUUGGUCUGUGUCGUGAAAUCGUCCAGAAUUGCGCUGGGCUCAACUUGCUCGGCCUCAUGACUAUUGGCGCUAUCGCUCGCAGUCGUGCCACUACUGCAGAGAAUGAAAACGAGGAUUUUGAGGCUCUAGUAGCUCAGAGAGAUUUGGUGGCCAGCGAACUCGGUCUGAGUCCCGAUACGCUGGAGCUGAGCAUGGGCAUGAGCGAGGAUUUCGAGGGAGCCAUUGCUCAGGGGAGCAGUGAAGUGAGAGUGGGCACCACCAUCUUCGGACAGAGGCCUCCUCGGACAAAAGCGUAA